CCGAAGCCGACCCAAUCCGCCCGUUUGCCAAGUCCAAUUUCAAUGAUAUUUGGUACAAAUAAGAACCCAUAGAAUCAUAAGGGUGAAGCUGGAUUUAUGUUUCCUUUGGAAGAUUAAGUCAGAUUUUUAGUUUCACAUGUCUAUAUGCUUCCUAAUUUUCUGCACAGAGAGGUUGGUAAGGGGAUAUAUGCCUUUUGAUGGAUUUGAAAAAUUAGUUGGAUGCUUGUCUGAGAUUUCUGGUCCAGCUUUCCUUCAUUGCUCCUAUGAUGCUUGUGGUUUUAUAUGGAUGGUGAUAUCCUACUACGAUGGUGUUGGCUAUGGGUACUUAACCAUCACUCUCAAGUCUUCUCUAUGUGCUGCCUAUGCAGGAGGUUCUGCUUUCUUCUUCUGCAAUCAGAUGCUAACGCAGAGUUAGGCCAUGGAAUGGUCCCCUCGCUUAGAAGGAAAGAUUUCUCGAGCACAGUGGUUGUGGACCAAGCGCCACCUUCCUCUCAGUUUUUAACUUUAUCCCGCUUCUUACUUUAACAUCAGUUUCCAUUUCGUUUUUCAGUGAGAUUGUGGUGCUGGCUUUAUAGAGAACUUGUAAUGCUCUCAUAAUUUGCAAUGAAAGCUAAAUUUUUAG